AUGACUUCUACUGAUGGGACUUCUUGCGUAGCAUGCUUUACUGGGUGUGCUUCUUGUACCGGAACUCUUUAUUAUCAAUGCAGCUCUUGCUCUUCAGGUUAUUAUUUGUUAAAAACAAUUUGCCUUACUUAUUGCCCUUCAGGAUACACUGCUGAUUCAUCAGGCCAUUCAUGCACUCUAUCUUCAUCCAACUCUUUAAGUCUAUCGCUACAGAAUUUAAUUAAAUUAGAUACAGUAAGCGGAGUUUCUGUAGGAUCUUCAAACUCAAAUACAUACCCUACUUGGGAAACAACAGAUCCGGUUCCUUCAAUUUAUAGGGGAUACUAUUUUUCAGGUAGCAACUAUAUGACUCUUACAUCAUUUACGAUGAGCCCUUAUUUUUCAUUAGUAAUUUGAGUAAAGCCUAUUAAUAAUGGAUAUUUAUUUAUGAAAUUCGAUGGCACUACAAAAUACUUUUACACAAAUUUUGCCUCAGGAAUUUCUGCGAUUAAUAUUCGGCUUUCAGAUUCAACUACAGUUAAUAUAAAUGGAUCUUCAAGCCUAUUAUCAAGCUGGCAUUAUAUAGCGUUUACUGGCGGAAUUGCUUCUGGACAAACUGUUCUUACUCAGUCAAUUGAUGGAGGAACAUCAAUUUCAGCUACCUCUACCUCCUCAGCAUAUUAUAAAGAUCUUGGAGCACUUUACAUUGGAAAAGAUAACACGGGAUCAGGAGGAUUCACUGGAUUUUUGUGGAGUUUGAAGAUUUAUAACGAUAAUACUUACGCAUCGCAAGAAUGAAUAACAUCAGGAUGUCCUGGAUGCACUGCUUGUCCUUCUGAGCUUAAAUGUCCCGAUAGUUGCCCAUUUGGACAGUUUUAUUCUAGUUCUUGCGUUUCUUGUGUAGGCUCGUGCCCUUAUGGCUGCAGAUCAACACUUACCUGCAGGCUAUGCAAGGAUAAAGAAUGCCUCGCAUGCACAGCUUUUGAUGGUUCUUGCACAUCUUGCAUAGCAAACGCCAGCCUUUCAGGGACGACAUGUGUCUGCAAUAAUAAUGCUUUUUGGGAGCAAAGCUCUGAUGGGUGCCAAAUCUGCGACAAUUUAUGUAGCCAGUGCCAAACAAACAAAUAUUAUUUAUGCUCAUCUUGUGGCUCAUCCUAUUAUCUUAUUUCAAAUAUUUGUUUAAGAGCCUGCCCAUAUGGAUUUACAAGUCCAUGCAUAGUAGUCACUUCACCUGUUAUAGAUGCAGCUUUUAAUGGGGACUUCACAGGAACUUAUGCAGUUUUUACGACUGGGGCUAGCACAGCUUCUUAUCAAUUCUUUAAUUCACCUGAGUCUGUGGAUCCAAUUCCAGCAAAGCAAAGAGGUUUAUAUUUCAAUGGAAGUCAAUAUUUAAUGUCAAAUACUAAUAUUUAUCUUUCACAUAGUUUCUCGAUGGGUUUCUGGAUUUAUGUAAUUUCUUCAGGAGAUAUUUUGUCUAAUUCAAGAAUUAUAGUACACCCUUCGUCGUUGCUCGCCAUUAAGUACUUCCUCCCCAUGUCACCCACCCCCUGACGGUCCUGAAAAUUUUUAAAAUGUUAUAAUAUUAUUUGGCAAAGCACCCUCAAAUAUUUUAACUUGUCAAAUUAAUAUUUAACAUGUUAAAAUAUUUGGGACCGUUAGGGGUGGGUGGUAUGGGGAGGCGGUGCUCGAGGCCGAUCCAAAACGGGGUGUAAGCUAUACUGUAGAGUCAUCUGGCUCUAUAAAAAUUAUAUUAGAAAGUCCAUCAGAGGCAGCUUUAUCACAAACAUUGUCAAGCACUCCUUUUGCAAUGUGAAAAUACUUAUCAUUUGCAUGUUCAUUUGACAACCCGACAGUAAUAACUACUUUAACUGUUCAUAACGACAAUGUUUCUGUUGCAUCAUCUACUUACAAUACUCUAAUUUAUAGAGAUCAGGCUAAUCAACAAAUCAAAAUAGGUGGCAGCUCAUCAUCGCAUUUCACAGGCUUUAUCUACAAAUAUCAACUCUGAAAUGUUGCUAUUUCUGAUUUUUCAACACAGCUCAAUGGAAUUUGUGGAUCUGGUUUAUUAGCUACUUGUCUAUGGGGAUGCGAUAUAAGUAAAUACUGAUAUUCAGCAGCAUGCCAGAGUUGUGAUUCUACUUGUACUUUGGGAUGCACGAGAAGUGGAUCUUGUAAUGUUUGUGAUGACCCCCUUUGUAGUGUGUGCACUGGAUUUGAUACAAAUAAGUGCACUACUUGUGUUUCACAUGCCCAUGGCUCACCUUGUAGUUGCGAUUUAGACUAUUACUUGUCUCCAGAUGGGUUUUCUUGCUUGCCUUGCUUUACUGGAUGCUCUAUUUGCUCAUCAUCACAUUAUUACCAAUGCUCAGCUUGCGACUCUUCUUAUUAUUUUUUUAAUUUCCUAUGUGAUACUCAAUGCCCAAGUGGUUAUAGUCAAAAUACAGGCACGAAUGAAUGUGACUUAUCCACUUCUGUGAGUGAACUAAAAAAUUGUGUUUGCUGAUGGAGGAUUAAUAAAAUUUUUUUUUAAAAUUUUAAAAAAAAUCCCAAUUUGUAAAAUUACUAACUCCCCCCCCCCCCCCUCCGUGAGCGAACAAAAAAAAUUUUGUUCGCUCACGGAGGGGGGUUAAUUUUUUUUUUUAAAAAAAUUUUAUAUAUAAAUUAUAAAAAAAUAUUUUUUUCGAAAUUUAAAAAAAAAUCCUAAUUUGCAAAAAUUGGGAAGCAAAUAUUAAUUUAAUUUGCAAAAUUUAUGUUUUAAAAAGCAAUUUGUUUAAAAUUAAACAGAAUUAGCUCUAGAUUUCAUUAUACUAAUUAUCACUUAUAUAUCAAAAUUUUUUUCCAUUAAAAUUUUUUUCUAUUAAAAAAAUUUUUGUUCACUCACGGAGGGUGGGUUUUUGGUCAAAAAAUGGCGAUUUUUCUAAUGGUUUUGUUCGCUCACGGAGGGGGGGGGGGAGUAAAUUGUUUUUUUUUUUAAAAUGCAAGCCGUUAAAAUUAAACAAAAAUUAGCUAGUGAUUUUAUUAUAAUAAUUAUCACUUAUAUACCAAAUUUUUUUUCAUAAAAAAAUUUGUGUUCCUCACAGAGAGUGGUUUCUGGGCAAAAAGUUAGGAUUUUUCAAUAGUUUUGUUUGCACACGGAGGAGGAGUUAGUGAACAGUUUAGUUGUAGAUUUAGAACUGGAUGAUUAUAUAGUGCUUGACACUUUAUCAGGAUUUAGUGUUGGAAGUAGCAAUACAAAUACUUAUCCAGUUAUUGAUUCAAAUGAUCCCAUUCCUUCAAUUAGCCGUGGAUACUAUUUUACUGGACAAAGUCAUAUGACUAGCUCUUUAAUUUUGAGUCCUUAUUUCUCCAUCAUGCUUUGGGUUAAGGUCAUAGACCAGGGAGCUUUAAUUGAAAAAUACAAUGGAUCUUCUCAAUAUUUAGUUGUUAAAACUGAUAGCAGCGGGUAUCCAAAUCUCAAUUUAUUACUUAAAGACGGAUCAUCUCUUAACGCAGCUACACCACAAAAUUUAUUUGCUGAUUGGCAUUACUUGUCAUUUUCCGGAUCAACUAAUCCAGAUGGGACUUAUAGUUCUUAUAGUUAUAUAGAUUCAUCACUUACUAUGACAAAAACUUCAUUAUCUCAAACAUACUUAAGAGAUAGUGUUUCUGGAAUUUUUCAAAUUGGCUUUGAUAAUGCGUCACAGACUGGCUUCAAAGGAUUCCUAUGGAGUUUAAAAAUAUAUAAUGAUGAAACUCAUGCCAGUUCCGACUGAACAACUACGACUUGCACUGCAAACCCUUGCACAAGUUGCCCGGCUGGAGAUUUCUGUCCAAGCUCUUGCUCGCUAGCAAAUUAUCCUGAUAGCACUACAUGUGAUCCAUGCAAAACAUCAUGCUCUAAUGGGUGUAGAAGCAAUCUAGCAUGCACACUUUGCAGUGAAAAAGAAUGCUAUUCCUGCACAUCUUUUUCAAAUAAGUGCUUAAGCUGUAUAGCAAAUGCGGGAUUUGUAGAAGAUUUAUGCCAAUGCAACCAAAAUGCUUAUUGGAACGGGAAUGCAGAGACAUGUGAUCUUUGCCAUACGAUUUGUUCUACAUGCUCUGGACCAUCUUUUACUGAAUGAAUUCAAUGCAUAAUAAUAAAAUAGCUACAUAUCGAAUUAGUUCUCUCCGAGAGUUAUUCCUCCUUCGCGAUAUUUAUUAUUAUAGGAUUCAGUUUUCCGCGUAUCUUUAUGCACAAUUCCAAUGGAAAACUACAUAUGAUUUUUACACCUGAGUCGGCUAUCCUUAGGCGAACGUCAGGUCAAAUGAGACCAGUGUAGGCUUUCUGGCUCUUUUGGUGGGUCUUCUGGAGCUAUUGCUAGACAAGAUGGUUAGUGAUGUCAUCAUCUAGGAUUUAAAAGGGUGGGUGGCAGUCUAAAGCAUCCUGCUGAAGAAGGUGAACGCGCUAAAUUUAAAUUUAUAACUAAGUAAGAAUGCAUCCAAUGUGGGACUUCCUUGAUUAUGCUAUCAAAUAUUUGCUUGGAAUUUUGUCCUUCUGGAUACUCUGUAGUUGGCAAUCAAUGCAAUUUAUCAAAUGAUUUAGUAUUCAGCUUAAGACUCAUCCAGAUAAAGGAUACAGUUUAUGACUCAGUAGGAAACGUUGCCUUUCAAACUGGUAAUGAUAAUAGCUUUUACCCAUUCUAUACGCCCGAAGAUCCAUACGCUACAGAACUGAGAGGAUACUACUUUAGAGGAACCUCCUUUAUGAAAUCAAUUGAUAGUCCCCCCUCUUUAACUUUUGGAACAGAAUUCACUAUUUCAGCAUGAAUAAAUCCAGCUUUAGACACUGGUUACAUAUUUUCGAAACAAGACAGCUCACUUUCAAAUUUUAUUGUCUUUUCACUGAUUUCAGGAAAGCUUAAUUUCUCUAUUAAAUUGCAAGAUGGGACAACAUUUUCAUAUGCAAGCACCAGCUUAUCAGUCACUUUAGGAUCUUGGAAUUUUAUUGCAACUAAGAGCAUAAUAAGUUCCAUGCCUCAGCAACAAAUUUCAUUUUACGUUGACUCUAACUAUGAAAUAUACUUAGAUCUCGUAGAUUCAUGAUAUCAAGAUAUUUCUUCAUCGUUUUCUAUUGCCAUUGGAGCUGAUGCGAACUCAAAUACAAACUUUUAUACUGGAUUUUUAUGAAGUAUUAAUAUUUAUAAUGUUGAUGAACCAAUUACUUCCCCUCUGUGAAUAAGUAAAAUUAUUUGAAAAACCUGCGAACAAAAAUUUUUAUUAAAACUAAUUUUGAUAUAUAGUCGAUAAUUAUCAUAAACCCCCUCCCUCCGUGAGUUAACAAAAUAUUUUUAUUCAUUUACAGGGGGAGCUAGUAGUAUGAUGACUUCAGGAACUUGCUUAGGAUGCUCAUUUUGCCCGAUAGAAUUAUCAAAUGAAUGCAUCCCAAAUUGUGAUUUGCCAUAUUAUCCAGAUGGAUCAAGUUGCACUUCAUGCCAAGCUCAAUGCACUUGGGGAUGUGUGAGACAUGAUAAAAAUUGUAACCUAUGUCAAGAUGUAAUUUGCUUAGAAUGCGAUGACUAUACAUCAGCUUGCAAAACCUGUAGAGAUCAUGCCUAUUUAUCUUCAUCAGUUUGUGUAUGCAUCGAUGGAUACUAUUGGGAUUUAACUAAUGAAGAAUGCAAUUUAUGUGAUUAUUCAUGCAAAAAUUGCACAUCUUCAACUUCUGGAGAUUGCAUAGUUUGUGCAUCUGGGUUUUAUAUGUAUUUAGGCUGGUGUAUUUCGAAGUGUCCAGAUGGGUUUAUAGAGAGUGGAUCAGUGUGUUUAGAAAAAGAUCCUUUUAUAUUCUACCUAUCCUUUGAUACUCUGGAUGGGGUUGUUUUUGACAAACAAAGUAGCAUUCCUGCAUUAACUGGGAAUAGUACAGCGUUUUAUCCAGAUUAUGAUCCAUUUGAUCCAUUAGCUGCCUCAAAUAGAGGAUUUUAUUUCAAUGGAGUAAGCUCAAUUAUGCAUUUGCCUAUUUACUCUAAUUACAGCACUCCAGUUCUCAGCUUUGGCUAUUCAUUUAUACCUUUUCGCCAAGAAUAGCCAACUAAGGAGCAUUUUUUGGUUAGCCAUUCUUAAAUUUGGUUAGCCAAAAAAUAUGGCAUCCCAACAAAUUUGGCAAGCCAGAUAUUGUCUGGCUAACCAAAAAAUGCUCCUUAGUGGGCUAUUCUUGGUAAAUAAAUACACAUUUUCGAUAUGAAUUAACAUAGAGAGUGGCUUUGGAACGAUUAUCUCAAAACAAGAUAAUCUCUAUAAGCCAAUCUUUUCUCUCCAAUUAGUAUCAGGGGUUGUAAUGAUUUCAUUAAACUUUAAAGGUUCAGGACUAAACUAUUUCUUUUAUUUGCAAAGUCUUGAAUCUUACUUAUGAAAUCAUAUAGCUUUUUCUGCAGAAUAUACAAAUUUGAAAAAUACGAAAAUGGCAUUCUAUUUAAAUGGAGCUGAAGAUCAUCAGGUUGAUUUCGGAUCGGACAUAAAUAAAAUGGCAUUCGGUUCGAGCGAAAUUAGCUCUGCUAAUUUUCUCUCUCUCAAGCAAUUUUAUUUAUGGGGUUGGGUUUUACCUCCAGAAUUUCUACAUAGUAAUAGCGGUUUAACUCUGGGGAUAAUCAGAGGAGCUGCUCCUCAGUGCGAUCAAGAGGCUCAGGUCCUUACCCCUCAGCACACCCGAAGAAAGUGACCCUUAGGCAGAACACGCGCAGGAGCUGAGUCGAAUAAAGUGUGGCAGCAACGCAGCCUGUCAAAACCAGAACGCUGUAUUUACCCGUGCCUUAGUGAAUCAAAGUGGAUCGAUCCAGAGGCCCAUAGGUCCUACACGUGGACAAAUAUGGUGGCAGUUCUGGACAAGGCUACCUAUAUUGGAUGUUAAACGUUAUAAAUAAUUUAAGAUUAAGAUUAAGAUUUCGGAUCUGACUACUUUAAGGAUACGAGAACGGACUUUACUUUUACACUUGGAGCAGAAAUAGGCUCUUCAGGCUAUUCUAAUUAUUUUAAAGGGUUUAUUUACGAUAUUAAGGGAUAUAUAGAAAAUUCCUGGGGAUAGCGCGGAAUACGCUAUCCCCAGGACCAACCGGGAUCGGAUCCCACAUGGAACGAGGGUUCCAUGUGUGGAUCCAUUUUUGACACGUGAAAGUAAAUAUCUCACAUGUCAAAAAUGGAUCCACACAUUGAACCCCCGUUCCAUGUGUGGAUCCGAUCCCGGUUGGUCCUGGGGAUAGCGUAUUCCGCGCUAUCCCCAGGAAUUUAGUAUAACUCAGUAAAAAUUAUAUCGUCCCUCUCAUUACCUGCAGCACAAUGUACAGAAAAUUGUAAAGCAUGCCUUACAACUGAUGUCUGCAUUCCUAAUUGUCUCAUUAAUCAGUACUGGGCUGGCCCACAAUAUAAUAAAUGCUCCGAAUGUAGCAGUGAAUGCUCAAGCUGCAGAGAUUCUAGUAAAUUUUGUAGCCUUUGUGACAAUCCUAAAUGUGUAUCUUGCUCUGAUUACACUGCAGACUCCUGCCUUGAAUGCAUAUCUGGGUCGUCAAAUACAACAAAUUGCCUAUGCGAUAAUGAUCUCGCUUGGAAUUCGAGCUCAGGAAUAUGCGAGAUGUGUCAUCAAUGGCAAUACAAAGCAAAUGACUCUUGCUAUGACUGUCCUCCUCUUUGUGCUCAAUGUGAUAGCGAAACUAAGUGCACAUGGUGUAUAAAUAAUGCAAUCUUAAAAUCAGGGGACUGUGUUUGCUCUCCUGGAUAUAUUGGAACAACAACUUGUGUAUUAGUUCCUUUUAAUGUUUCUCUCAUAGUCAACAAAAAUAAUACUUUAGUUCUAUCCUUCAGUGAUAUAUUGCAGGAAAAAUUAAGCUAUGAUCAGAUUUUUAUACAAGUUCAUAAUCAAACGAUAUCAUCUUGGUCUGUAACUUGUAUUUCAAAUAAAGAAUAUCUCAUAUCAUGCGAUUUUAAUGGAGGAAUCUCAGAGGGUACAAUAAUUACAGUAUAUUUUAAUGAUCCAACUGAAAUUUCAUCAAUAUCAGGUGGAGUAAUUCAUGAAAGCUAUUUAUCAGGCUCUCUUUAUUCAUACAUGACCUCUGAGCAGCAAGAAGUCACUCAAAUAAAAAAUCAAGUAUCUUCUGGGUCAACAGUUCUUGUCGGCUCAAGUGUUUCUUUGGCAAUGUUUAGCCCGAACCCUUCUGGACUAUGAGCUAUGCUUAAUACUAUUCAGCUUCUCUCUUACAUAUCUUACGCAAACUACCCUUUAACAGAUAAAGUUUCUGAGUUUUUUAAAUCAAUGAACGGUUUCGGCUUCGUUCCAAACGUAUUUUUAUAUUUUAUUGAUGAAAGCCAGGGUAAUACUCCUUAUUAUUGAGCAAAAAAAUAUGGAUAUGAUAUAGAGCAUUCACCACUAUUGCUUGCCCUGAAGCAAGUUCUCUUGGAGUUCUUAUAAGUCAUCUAAAGGUGAUAAGUUAAAUCCAAGUUGUUAUGAAGAAGUCUGCUCCAAGACGAGCAAUAGCAGUGAAGACGCUAUAGUGACUUGAUAUUUGUAAAUGCGGGAACUGAUUUGACUAUUUUGUUUGGCCUCAUAGCAAUGAUUCCUUUUGUACAUUAUUUUUCUAAAUGCUCUCACAGGUUUUUAGGAAAGAAAUUCAAAAAAUUGCUUGAUGAAUAUAAAUUUAGUACAUUUAUACGAUUAUGAAUAGUAAAUUAUUUGGAGGUUGGUUUUGCAGCUAUAAUAGGCAUUUUUAGAUUAGAUUAGAUUAGAUUAGACGCUAAUAUUUAAAGUCUCUACUUCCAGGAGCGUGUUGACCCAAGCGAAUUGGGUGGCUUUCAUCUUUGGUAACUCUGAGCCCAGGACGAAACCCCUGUUUACUCAGUAGUGGGCCGCCCUAUUAGAUCUGCAGACCGCAGCUGGGCACCACCAUUUCCAACUCAAUCCCUUCGCCGUUAUUUACAACUGUACCUACCCUGGUCAUAUUUGCUCCCUUUUUGGAGCCCUUUUCUGGAGGGAUCGCCAUGCUGAACUUUUGUCGAGCUCGCCUCCCCCUCUUUUUAAGUCAUCCCUAGAAAGAGCUCAGCCACUUUUGUGAUUCGGGGGGGGCCAUCAAGAGCAGCUUGAGCAGGGAAAUCACCCUGCUCCAUUUCAGGCACCCACUGGCUAGGGUGCUGCUAGAAAAAGGGUUCACGAUUAACUGCCCAAGGAUCAGGCCACAAACCAGCAGAUCUGUGCUUCAGCCUAUCGCUUCUAGACUCCUGAUGUUGCUAGGCAAUAUCAUUCCUCCUGGAAGCCAUGCCUGGAUAUGCAUGGGUUACCAUCACAUGAGAGGACGGAUUGGGCGUCAUCCGCCAUUUUAUGUAUAUUAUAAUAGGUAUUUUAAGUGUAGAAAACUAUGGAAGCUUUGAAAAUCCUAUUAAACUUAUUAAUUAUCUUCUCUGCUGAUUUUUCAUCGUAAUAUCAACUUAG